CCACCUCUUACAAUCUCUGUUCGUGGAAGGGUUCGGCGGCUUACAGAUUUGGAUGAAAAUGAAAUUCUAAAAAUGAUGGGAACAUUUCGAAGAAAACAUUAAAGUAUGGGGCCAUUCUGCAAUUAUAGGUAUCUAAACUCAUUUCGUAAUUUUCCCUGUUUGAUUUACCGUUUGCGGACAUAACGCAAACCCUAGCGUAUUACUCCAUGGCCUCUUCCUCGAAAAUGCCAUUUUGAUUACUAUUCUCCUCAACAUUUGCUUGCGAUUCUCCAUUGAUGUUUGGGGACGCGUGCUGCGUUUCUCGAUGUAUAUGAAUUUGUGCGAUGAUCUCGGCGGAGGAAGCAUGGCCAUCGGCGAUGGAAAUGGCGGCGCCGCACUACGCGGCGGCGAAAACUUCGGUGUGGUGGGACAUUGAGAACUGUCCGGUUCCGAAUGGUUUGGAUGCAAAUGGAGUGGCGCAGAACAUUAGCUUGGCUUUGGUGAAGAUGAACUACUUUGGUCCUUUCUCAAUCUCCGCCUAUGGCGACACCAAUCGCAUCCCUUACUCCGCCCAGCAAGCGCUCUAUUCUUCUGGCGUCGCGCUAUUUCAUGUCCCCUCUGGACUGAAAGAGGAGAGUGACAAUAAGCUUCUGGUGGAUAUGUUGUUGUGGGCAGUGGACAAUCCCUCGCCUGCUAAUGUUAUGCUCAUCUCGAGUGACCGUGGCUUCGCCAAUUCGCUUCACCAGUUGAGCAUUCGGAGUUACAACAUUCUUUUAGGACAACCUCAAAAGGCGUCAUCGACUCUGCUAAUGGCUUCUGCAAAGACGGUAUGGCUCUGGCCGAGCCUUGCAAUGGGUGGACUUCCUCUCUCACGAGGUGAAUCAUCAGGACUUGUUGCCAAUGGAUGUUAUUCUUCUGACUCUGAAACAUCAUAUCAUUCUGUUUCCGGGCAAGUUCUGUCCAGUCCAUACAUGUAUUCAGAUUCUGAAGAUUGUGAAAGUAGAGGAGGAGGCUACAUUUCGAAACCGUGGAAUCAGCAUGUGCUGCAAUAUGAGACUGGAAGAAACGAGCUUCUAAGCAAUGGAGGCACAAACGAGUCUUUCAGGGUCUGCUUGUUGUGCAAUGUUGUUUGCAAUGGAUUUGUACCUUUCACAGCCCACUUAUCUGGGAGAAGGCACGCAGCUCAGGUUGCUUUAGUGCUCAGCGGAGGAGGUGCGGGGCCUUUCUUUGCCUUACUCGGAGGUCAGGUCGGUGUUUCCACCAAACCCAUAACGAAACCGAAGCUAGUGAAGCCUGUGUUCUGCAACAUCUGCCAGAUAAGCUGCAACAGCAAGAUCGUGUAUGCAGAUCACAUUUUAGGACAGAAACACCAGAUGAACUUGGAGCUGAAACUGGGUAAACCCAGAAACACAUGUUCAGGAUCGGAUGAGGAUCUCGAGGACGAGGUGGAGAGGAAGAAGAAGAAGGUGAUUGAACGUGGAGCAGAAGCAGGUGCGGUUAGGGUUUGCGGGUUGUGCAGUGUGGUGUGCAAUAGCCAAAUUGCCUUCGAGUCUCAUCUAAGAGGCCUGAAGCAUGCCGCUGCAAUGGCGAAGAAGCUAACACCUGGGCGAGCCAAUAAUGCAGACUCGGCGUCAAUUAGGGUUGGAGACACCGUGGGAGCCUUUCGGGGUUCGGUGUUUAAGAUUUGUUACCGUGCCCGUGGAAUGCUCCAAAUGUUCGGAUAUCCGCACGGAAGACGAGGUUGUGCCUUAUAUAUCAUCCUAUUACCAUAUCAACAAAACAAUUCUACACAUACUUGGAGCUUUCUCCGCAGAUUGGAAAUUCCAACCCAUCAAUAAACAAGAGUGCUCUA